AUGACAUCCAACAUCCUCCAGUUGCCCUUUCGGCGCACUCACGCCGUGUCUUUGUCGGAUGCGAUCACGCAGUACAUCUCUUCGAAAUAUGACCAGCGGCCAGAUAUGUUUGCAGACGACCUGCUCAUCCUCGACCGACUCCGGACAGAAGCCGUGAACGUGCAGGAGCCUCAUGUGAGCGGGGUGAGCAGACUGGUGACCUACGCGGCGCAGCUGAAAUGGCUCGGAGGGAAGUUUCCAGUUGAUGUCGGCGUCGAUUUCUCCUGGUAUCCUGCUUUCGGAUUUAAUACGUCGAGGCCGAUUUCGGAGAAUAACCUACGAUUUGAACUGGCAAAUAUACUAUUCAACCUCGCUGCUCUGUAUUCGCAGCUUGCCUACUCCUUGAACCGUACGACCGCCGACGGCCUCAAACAAGCAUGCAAUUACCUUUCGCAGAGUGCUGGGGUGAUCUCCCACCUUCGAAAGGAUAUUCUACCCGAUCUUCGCGCAUCGCCUCCGGAAGACAUGGAUGAAAUGACUCUACAGAGUUUGGAGGAACUACUACUGGCGCAGGCCCAAGAAUGUUUUUGGCAAAAGGCAGUCAAGGAUGGCCUGAAAGAUGCGUCAAUCGCGAGACUCGCUGCCAAAGUCUCUGAUUUCUAUGCCGAUGCUAGCGACUUUGCCGUAAAGUCUAACGCUAUUAGUACCGAAUGGAUUCACCACAUGUCGGCCAAACACCAUCAUUUUGCUGCUGCAGCCCAGUAUCGCCAAUCCUUGGAGUGUUUGGACAAGAGGAAAUAUGGCGAAGAAGUUGCGCGCCUCCAGGACAGUCUCAGAUGCGUGAACGAAGCAUUGAAGGAGUCCAAAUGGAUCAACCGUAUUGUAUUGGGCGAUCUCAACGGCCUCAAGAGUCGGGUUACGGAGGAUUUGAAACGAGCCGAAAAGGACAACGAUGUGAUUUAUCUUUUACCCGUACCACCCAAAUCCGAACUAAAGCCCCUGGAUCGUGCCGCCAUGGUGGCCGCAAAGGCGCCUACGCAAGUGACAGACGCCAUCUCCAUGUUAGGGGACAAUGGGCCUCUUGGCCAGCCGUUGCUGUCCAAGCUCGUUCCAUAUGCCGUUCAUGUUGCGGCUAGUAUUUAUUCAGAUCGUCGUGACCGUCUGGUUAAUGAAAACAUUAUUGGAAAAUUGGAGUCUAUGACUGAUCAGCUUCGAGACCUACUACAGUCGCUGAACCUGCCUGGUUCUUUACAAGCAUUAGAGAAACCGCUUGGCUUACCGCCUACACUUGUGUCACACGCGGAAGAAGUCCGCCAACAAGACGGACUCGCUCUUUUACGCCGCUCUCUCGAAGAUACAGCCCAACUCAAGAGCAAUGACAAGGCACUUUAUACAGAAGGAGUAGAACUCCUAUCAGCAGAAAAGGAAGAGGACGAUCGCGCUCGCGCCAAAUACGGUACAGAUCGAUGGGAUAGACUGUCCUCUGAAGCAGCCGGGCAGAAAGUCUACCAGAGCGCGACGGAUAUCAACGGAUACUUUUCGUCAGCGCAGAGCACCGAUGAUCUAAUUUCAAAGAAAUUAAAAGGUGCAGAGCAGGUACUGCGCGUUUUGACAGGCACCAACCGUGAUCUGGAAUCAUAUGUGCCCAGCACUCGAAGGGCGGCUAUUACUCCUGAGCUGGAAAGGGAGUCGAGCAGGCUGAGAAGCAGUCUCAAUGAAGUUGGCCGGCUUGAAAACCGACGCAAGCGACGCAUUAAUAUUCUCAAGGAGAAGGCUCGCUCGGAUGAUAUCAAUUCUGCGCUGCUAAAGGAAACGGCCCGGCUCGAAAGACAAUUCCCAAUGCAACCAAUCGAAGCCAGCCAGUUUGAGAGUUUAUUCGAAGAACAACUUCACUUGUAUGACUCGGACAUGGUGAUGCUUGCCCAAGAGCAAAACGAACAGGACCAACUGGAGACACAAGUCCAAGAAGCGAACCGCAACUUCAACAAAGCACGACGCGGCGAUACAUCAAGUAAAGAACGAGAAAAGGCCCUACAGGAACUCGAAAAUGGAUACGCAAAGUACAAGGAACUCAUUUCGAAUGUCGACGUGGGACGCAAGUUUUACAACGACCUGGCAAAGAUUGUGGGCCGGUUUAGAGACGACUGCAAGUCGUUUGUUCACCAACGGCGGAUGGAAGCGAGUCAAUUGGAGAAUGACAUCACAAACGCAGCAGCAAUGGCCUCGCUCAAUAUAUCCACUACACAACAACAACAUCGUCCUCCGCACCACCAGCAGCAAAAGUCAGUAGUAGCAUCACCACCUUCUGCACAACCUGCCUCCUCGCUGUAUACGCAGCAGCCUCCGCUCCAAUCUCGACCAGCUCCCCCGGCCGCGCCACAGGAGCCUCUAACGGCUCCGCUGCCCACGCGAGCUAAUGUUGCGCCACCCCCCGUGGCCAAUGCAGGUGUUUGGUCACCGGAAAUGGGCAUUCGAUUCGGCGGGCUUAUGCCCGCACCUGGGAAUACCCAGCCUGGACGGGGUGGUGGUCCAAAGCAAGGAGGAGGCCCUGGGCCCGGAGCGUGGGAUCCAUCGAAUGGCGUUCGUUUUUCAUGA